AUGUCGCCUUCAGUAGUCUCAAAUCGGGCCUCAGACUUCUCGCUUGCCCCAUCGAAGCCCUCAGCGCCCUCCGCCACCCUCCGCACCCUCCUACUCUCUCCACCUUCGCUGUCAUCGCAUCCAGAAAGAUUAGAGAAUGUGCUCGCUGCUCAUGAUAGAACCACGACAGAUAUCCAGAUGCUUGAUCGCUUAUCACUUGCUCUAGUAUCACUUCCUGAGUCUACAUACGAUGUGAUACUUUUGCUGGCAGGCGUCCCGGACCAACAGCAGGAAACUAGCGAUCUACUCUCACAGGUAGUUCUCCAAAGGGUAGUCAAGUCAUUGAAACCAGGAGGAAAAAUACAAGGCCAAUGGGGAAGAUUCCCUGACAAUGAGAACCAACGGAGAGAAGCAAUCCUUUCAGGUCUAGUUAUCGAGGGCAACGAAAUGACGAGGCCUUUGCAUGACACACGAUCAGUUCCCCUAAGACUUGGUAAGAAGAAUAACACAAAAGCAACAACUAACGCCGCCGGAACCGGAGCUGUGACCUUGAACAUUAACGGUAAAAGGAAGAACGGACCCUUGACUGGAACAAUCCCGGCCGGCGUAGGGUUCGUGGACUUUAGUGAUGACCUGGGGGAGCCCGACGUCGACGCUCAAGACUCUGAUGACGAGCUGAUUGAUGAAAACGCUCUGUUGGAUGAAGAGGACAUGAAGCGACCAGUCGUCCAACCCCCAGAGUGUCGGCCUAAGAACGAAGCUGAGGACCAAGUCAAACGCUCGAAUGCCGACUCACAGCUUGCUAAGUUGACAGCCGAUGAUCUAGCUGAAGUUGAUUUCACCGUGCAGGGGAAGGUUGGAAGUUGUGGAAACUGUGCCCUUGGAGAUGCCUUUCGCUGCGACGGGUGUCCAUACAUUGGCUUACCUGCUUUCAAGCCUGGCGAAGAAGUCAGGAUCCUCAAUGAUGACGUACAACUUUGA